GCGCACCGUGAACUUGAACAACCAAAAAACGCUCUGACAGGCGAACAGGGAUAAGGGCACUAACAUUACGAUUUCCCUGCGUGUCAAGUUGACUCCUGGAAACGAAGAAAAAGACCCUUAAAUGUCCGUCUGGCGGAACUGGACCUCCAUAAGAGUUCACAGACUUCGGUUGUUCGGCAGAAACAAAGAAACAAUCCUUGAAGCAGAUAGACGCAAGCAAAAGAGCAACUUUGACCUCCACAACAACCCAACUCGAAGCAUUGCCGAUCCCAAACAGCUUACUUACCAACUCGUAUUGAAGCACACGCACAUCCACAUACAAGACACAACACAAUUGCCAACCCGGACUCUCUUCUUUCGCCGACAAUCCCCAAUACGCACAAUCCGAAACGAAGUUUGAGCAGUUACAAGAAACUUUGAAAAAAUUUCCGGGGCGGCAUAAGAUGCGCUGGUGAUGAACGGGCUGCCAAUGGCCAAGGCCAGAUCUUCGUUCCUCGGAAGCAGCAGCUCCACGCCGCGUGCCAACGACCACGACGAGGACAUCGGCCUGCUGGCCUCUCACAAUCAGGAUGUUGCGCAUGCAGAAGCCGCGAUAACAUCACCCAGGUCGGUUCCGGGAUACUCGGAGCAGCAGCAACAACCUCAAAUGCAACAACAAACUUCAGACUCGAAACCGCCCUCGAGGAGACCACUAUCCCUACAAAACACAGAGCGCCGGCCAUCCGCUCUUCACUCCCCCAACCUUGCUGGCGAGUCGCGCACACCUCGCACGCCGAACCGGGUACGCUUCGAUCUGCAGCCCAUCGUGGUUGGCGGGGGCUUCGACGCUGCAGCAGCCAACAAUGGCGGCCGGGCAUCCAACGGCAACGCCCAAGGGGGUCCGGGACAGGGACUGGGGCGCGAUUUCAACCAUCCACUGCUGGCGCUAUCAUCCCCAUCGUCGCGCUCCAGCCUCGACAGCUACGACAGCGAGUUCGACGUCGACUCGGAGCCCGAAAACACCGAGACGGAGCGCCGCCUGCCGCUGCUCACCAACAUCGAGGCGCCCUCGGUCUCGUUGGCCAACACGGACUGGGUCGACGGCGGCGGUGAGUGGGCCGAGGAGCACAACCGGCCCAAGAGCGGCCUGCGCGCCGCCUUUAUGAACAUGGCCAACAGCAUCAUAGGCGCGGGAAUCAUUGGCCAGCCGUACGCUUUCAAGAACGCAGGACUGCUGGCUGGCGUGUUCUUGCUCAUCUCGCUGACCGUCGUCGUUGACUGGACCAUCUGCCUCAUUGUCAUCAACAGUAAGCUCUCUGGAGCAAACAGCUUCCAGGGGACGGUCGAGCGCUGCUUCGGCAAGCCCGGCCUCAUCGCCGUCAGCGUGGCCCAGUGGGCUUUUGCGUUUGGCGGCAUGGUGGCGUUUGGAGUCAUCGUAGGCGACAGCAUACCGCACGUCUUCCUGGCAAUAUGGCCUAAUUUGCGCAGCAUACCCGUUCUUGGGUUGCUCGCUGAUCGCCGAGCCGUUAUUGUGAUCUUCACGCUGGGAAUCAGCUACCCGUUGACGCUGUAUCGUGACAUUUCCAAGCUCGCUAAAGCAAGCACCUUUGCUCUAGUGAGCAUGCUGGUCAUUGUCUUUACGGUCGUUAUCCAAGGUCUUUUAACUCCCAAAGAGCUGAGGGGAUCCUUUGACACGUCACUCCUGACGGUGAAUACGGGUAUAGCUCAGGCCAUUGGCGUGAUAUCGUUCGCCUUUGUCUGUCACCACAACUCCCUCCUCAUCUACGGAUCCCUGGAGAAGCCGACGAUAGACCGAUUCUCGCGCGUGACGCACUACUCGACGGGCGUGUCGAUGCUCGCCUGCCUCCUCAUGGCACUCGCUGGGUUCCUGACCUUUGGCGACAAGACGCUGGGCAACGUGCUCAACAACUUCCCGGCCGACAACACCAUGGUGACAAUUGCGCGGCUCUGCUUCGGGCUCAACAUGCUCACCACCCUGCCGCUCGAGGCCUUUGUGUGCCGCGAGGUCAUGUUCAACUACUACUUCCCGGGGGAGCCCUUCAACCUGAACCUGCACCUCAUCUUCAGCUCUGCCAUCAUCGUCAGCGCGAUGGCCUUGAGUCUGAUGACGUGCGACUUGGGCGUCAUCUUUGAGCUUGUCGGAUCCACCAGCGCCUGCGCCAUGGCAUACAUCCUGCCACCGCUCUGCUACAUCAAGCUGGCGAGCCGAAGCUGGCGGACAUAUUGCGCCUGGGCCGUCGUCGUUUUUGGAUGUUUGGUGUUUGUUGUGAGCUUGUUCCAGUCCUUGGAGAAGAUCAUUAGCGGUAACGGAGGGCCGGCCGUCUGCAUGUAGACCAGUUUUGGGGAAAGACGAUAGUGUAUCAUUACUUUUUCUCACUAUCUAACAGCUAAACUAAACCGUGAUGCUGACAGAGCAUGUCUGCCUGCUGUUGUAUUCUAUGCCGGCCAUUACAUGAAUAUAAUAUUCUUUUAGUGAACAUCUACUUUGAUAUCUUCCGGGACAUGCCAUCAAUGAGGCAGUGGCAGUGUUGGACAAACGCAAGUGAUCAGCCCACCUGCGUAUCGUCAUAACCGCCCUACCUUUCCUGGCCAAUCUGCCGUUCAAGGGUCUGCCCG